UGACAUACUAAUCUAAUUACCACAUAAUUACAACACACAUGUUUUUUUUCUGUACAGGAAUCAAGUGAUCAUCUCACAAGAUAUUUUGUUUUAUGUGAAGUGUUUCUGUAUGAAAUUGUAAAACAAUAAUUUGGACUCGGUGUUCCAUUGUCCAAAACAUUUCAGUGAUCAACACUUUCCAUUAUCUGGUAGACAUGAGAGAGUUAUUGCAGUUAAUAGUAUUCUCGUAUUUUAUGAAGUGCACAUUAUGCUGGUGGUUAGGAGGAUCGGAUGAGGUACCUGACACAGGAUAUGCUGGUUAUAGUGGACCUCUAAAGGAAGGAAAUCAAAAUGUACAGAGAGUGUCAUGGUAUGAAGAGACGAAAAGCAAAUAUCAUUGUGGUUUAUUCAACUGGGGACGCUGUUCGAGAUAUGGGUCUGCAGAGAAGUAUUAUUUUAAGUGUCUUGAUGGCUGGACACAAAGAACCCAAUCUUCGGACAAAUGUGAAUUAGCAAUAUGUGAUGCAAAGACAAACCUAAUGGGUGCAUGUAGCAUAUAUUAUUCAAAUGAUUACCAGAAAACUAGGGCAGGUAUAAUUCGGUCUAGUGGUGGAUCAUGUACAUCACCAGAUACUUGUACAAACUGUCAAACUGGUUAUUAUAGUGAUGGCCCAUACUGUCGCAUAUGUGGGAAGAUAGACCAUUGCAACCACAGAGUUUGCACCACUGGUUCUUCUCAAUUAUGUGAAUGGUGUGAAGGAGAGCUUACACCAGAACCUUAUUAUAGAGCUUAUACUCAACAUCUAGAUAGAUCACAAUGUCAGAAGGCAUGUUCAUGGAGGGCAGAUAGUACUCGAUGUUACCCAGGUGAAUGUACUAAUGAAUUAGCUAGUAAUUGUAUAUGUGCAACCAACUUUGGAGGAACCCAUUGUGAAAACAUUAAUGAUUCACCAGACAUAUUAUAUAAUUUUUGUGAAUUUUCGGACACUAGUGGAUUUAAUGUUUUAAGAAAUGAUCCAAACUGGAAACUGGAUAACCACCCAAUAAUCUGGACAAACUUUGUGGCCUAUACAAAGAUUACAUUAGAGAUACAUGCCAAGUAUUUACAACCAGCUGACAAUAGAGAUCCAGCAAAACAUUAUGUCCGAGGUUUUAGAGUUGGUGUUAUUGAGGAAAAAGUCACUCUUUCUUAUUAUAAAGGUUCUACUUUGAAAUCUGUAAAAGCCUCAACCUGUCCAGGAAUGGAUAAAAGCCAACCAGUUGAUGAUAAACUUUGUGAGUCCAGCCUGAAUUCUUGGACUGGAUUUGAACAUGAUGACAAGGUGAUAGCUGAAUUCUCAUCUACUAAUGGAGGGUAUGUUAAAGUUGCUAAUCGAGAACAGAGUUAUCAUGACGGUGUCAUCAAUACUUAUUAUUAUAAUGGUCAGACAGCUACAAGAGAAUUUGAGUAUCACUGGGAUUUAGUUGAUCCUUUUCAUUGUUCAGUGACUUCAGGAACAUCUUGUUCAUCAUUUGUAGAUGUUGGUACAGAUAUUACCAAUAAUCCAAGCAUAACAUUUACAUGGGACGGAUGGUCAGACGCCUUAUCUGGACUAGAUCAUUAUGAAUAUGAUCUGUUUGAACUUCAAGACGGUUUGGAGUUGGUUGAUGGCAAUGACAAAAAACAAACUAAUGCAAACGUUUCAGUAGCAGAAUCAUCUGCAACCAUUACUAUGACAGAGCCAGGGAUGUAUUCUAUUCAUAUGACUGCAGUAGACAAAGCUGGAAAUUAUAUGACAGGUCGAAAUUUGUUCUUGUUUGAUGACGAGUCCGUUGUAGACAAACAGGGAAAUCCAACUUACUGUCCCACUGCCUCAGCAGAUACAUCAUAUAUAUGGGUUGUAGAGGAUACUGCCAAGGUCAAAGUCCAGUUCAAAGAUAGAUUUAUAAAUACCAGACACAAACAUAACAGAUGGUUGAAUAGAGUACAAACAUAUAAUCCACAAAAAGUUAUUUAUGAAGAUUUGUAUGGCGAUAGAACCAAUGAACCUAUUUCUAAUGUUCAUGCUAUUGUAGAUUUUCAAGUGUUAUAUGAUGUUCAUAGUGAUCCAAAUACUCUUAAAGAUUCACGUGCUCUAACAUCAAUAUCUCAAUUAAAGAACCAGUAUGACAUCCUAACAUUAAAUUGGGCUGAUGGAGAUCGUCUGACCUCAACAGUUCAAGCUUUUGAUGUUCUUCGUGAAUUUAACGAAGAUACUAUUGUCAUCUACAAAGAUGCCACACCCCCUCUAAUAGAAAAUCUAUGGUUGACAAAAGGUGACAGACUGAACAUCAGUGUACAUAGCUUGGAAGAUUUUACCCAAAUGACGAUAGAAUGGGAAGCUUAUGACAUCCACAGUGGCAUGGACUCGGUAUAUUGGAAGUUGUAUGACCAUAAGACUGAGGAUUUACAUGGAUUUGAAGAUAUCAUCGCUCAAGGAUCAGCUGCUAACUUAUCAUCUUGUAACAGUAAAUAUGAUUCCUAUGCCAGAGGAGCUAAUUGUUACUGUACACCCUUUCAAGGAUGUUAUCAUCGCCAUUUCCAAAUAAAACCAGAAGUUAAGCAAAGCGGAGGACUGCUGCAGAAUAAAGAUUCAGGAAUGCAUGAAUAUGAUUAUUACAUCGAAGUUUCUGUCACAAAUAUUGCUAAAAUUACAACUGUAUUAAAGAAAAAGAUAACAAUUGAUAUAAGCCCACCUCAUUCAGGAAUGGUGCAUGAUGGUAUCAAAGGUAACACAGAGAUAGACUAUCAACAAGGAACAAACCUUAAUGCAUACUGGGAAGAGUUUUUUGAUAGAGAAAGUGGGGUGUUUUUCUACCAAUAUAUAGUUGGCACUAGCUGUGCUGGCAAGAAUGAUUUUACUCUGGAUAGAACAAACCCAAAUCUAGUAGAGACCUACAACACCUUUGGCAGCCAUACUACAAGUGGUGAUGGGACUUUUUAUUUCACUGUGGUAGCAUAUAACAGAGCUCUGGAUCCCUCAGAUCCAGUUUGUUCAGAUGGAGUUACUGUAGACAGUUCAAUCCCAGGAGUUCAGGAAAUAGUAGUUAAAAAUUCUCAAAUAACCGGAGGACUUAUUAAAGAUUCCACAAGUACUAACUAUUACAUUUUAGGGUCUGAUCGUACGAGGAGACUAAUAUCUAAUCCCACUGCUGGUUGUAUGAGUAAAGCAACAUCACUGAACGACAUAGAUCUAUACCCGCAGGAAAAGUUUGACAAUGGUAGUCUGGUAGAAGUGGAUGGUAAUGUUUUCUGUGGUAACUCUUCGGGUGCACCAAGUAACAUAGGAUUAACAUUGUAUAAAUCUUCUUUGAUGGAACUAUCUUGGGAACCUGUAGACAUUCCAGCCAAAGUAUAUGAUUAUGAACUAGGAUUUUCAUCAACCUCAGGAAGUGCUGCACCAGAUAUCAUGGCAUUUGAAUCAACAAAACAACAUGCCCACCAUAGAGUGGUUUAUACAAACAUACCAGAUGGAACACAAUUCUAUAUCAUUAUUAAAACCAUCAGUAAAUCUAACGUAGAAGGCUUAACAACUUUAGGCCCCUGUUUUAUGGAUACAACACCACCAGAGUUUGUUGGUGGCAGCAGUGUAUUUACAGUAGAAUUGUCAGGGGUUUAUCUUAUAACUUCAUGGCCUAGCAACGCCGUCUCUGACAGUGAAGAAUUUUUCGAGCUUGAUUACAAGUUUGCUGUAGGUCACACUACCUAUGGUACAGAUGUUCAAGAUUUUCAACCAUUACUAUCAGGAGCUAGCUGUACCUUGACUUAUCCACCACACUGUACUGCAGUUAAUAUAUCAGAUAUGGAUUGGUUCCUGCAUGGCCAUCACACAUACUAUGUAUCAAUCAAAAUAACUAACAGUGCAGGACUGGUAACCAUUCAGACAUCUGAUCCAUAUAUUCAUGAUGUUCAAUUGCCAGCUAAAGGAGUUAUUAUAGAUGUUGACCCACAGAAUCAUAUAACUGAUAUUCCAUUAAAGGACAUAGAAGAUAUAGAUUUUCAGACAUCUACCACCAAUUUCUCAGCACGAUGGUCCGGAUUUGCUCAUCCACAUUUAGAUGUGACAUACAAGAUAAGUAUUGGUACAACAGUAGGAGGAAGUGAUGUAGUGUCUUUGAAGGAUGUCGGUACAAGCUUGUCUCACCAGGAAUCAGGAUUGUCUCUGACACCAUUUGAGACAUACUAUUUUACUGUGACUGCUGAAACUUCAGUAGGUGAUACAACAGUGUCGUCUGAUGGUGUUACUAUAGUAACGGAAAAUGAUGCCUUAUCAGGAAUAACAAUCCAAGAUGGUAAACCCUGUAACAUGACUGAUUUGACGUUGGGCCAUCAUGAGGAUGACAACAGAAUAUUCUGUGCAGAUGAUACUGAAGUUCAGAUGUCGACCAGCUCUCUUAAAGCCUACUGGUCUGUACCAGUUGGUAUACAGCCAUACACCACAGAUGCCUACAUUGCUAUAGAAAAAAGAACUGGGGUAGGAAAUAUGUGGACUACUUUUCGUGAUUUUGAUCAUUAUUCAACUGUCUUUGAAGUUAGUAUAGAUGAUCUAACAUUAGAUCCAGGAAUUAAAUACCGUAUUGUACUGAAACUGUGUGCAAGGACCAUUUGUUUCGAAACUGUCCACACUGAUGGAGUAAUGGUAAUAGCAAAUCCUCCGAUAGCAGGGGACAUAACCAUAGAACAUCUAAAUAACACAGCAGGAAAUGGAGUUGAAAAGUUACUGGUAUCUUUCAAUCAAUUUUAUGACCCUGAUAUUGAAGAUAUAACAGAAAAAUAUGCUGCUGUUGACAAGUACGAGUUUGCCAUUACAGAUAACUCUGAACACGGAAAACCCUACAUGACAUGGACUAAUCUGGUCCUCUUUACAACCACUGCAAAUCAGAUUUCCUUUGAAUAUGAGUUAAAUGGUACAAUGGAUUUUUCAAGAUGUAAAAGAUUUUCUAUAAGAGGAUACAACAAUGUCAAGUUAUACACAACCAUAUCUACUGAGAUUAAAGACUGCGAUGCAUAUAAUCCUAUACUGAUAAUACCUAAUAUUGUCAUCGAUGCUGUAGGAGCACCUGAUGCUUUAGAUAGUCAUGGUAAACAGAUUUAUCUGGAAGAAAAUGAAUAUUGGCCAGAGCCAGACAAGGAUUAUACCCCAUACAAGAAUCUAAUAUCAGCUGUUUGGCCUACUUUACGUCAUAAGAAUUAUGAUUAUGCUAUACUAGAUGCAAAGACUGUAGAUGUAACAACAUACUAUCGUCAGAUUAAUCAGCUGAGUUUAACAAAUCCAUGUGGUCAUCCUGACAGUAUUAGAUGUGGACAUACAAUAAAUGGUUUCAUGAAUGAAAUAUUCAGCAACAAUGAACUUGUUCAUGGAACACGCUACACUGUAUGUGUACAUGCUAAUCCUAUACAAAUAAUGAGAGAGACCUGGAUUGAGUAUCUAGAAGAAAUUAAUUCCUGUAGUGAUGGUAUUGUUGUUGAUCUGACACCACCUGUGGCAGGCAGAUUGUGGAUUGGUUUAAAUCCGGGUAUAGUUUAUCAGACUUCAAAUACAGACCUAUAUAUAAACUGGGAUGGUUUUCGUGAUGUAGAAGAAUAUGGAACUGGGCCACAUGCCACUGGUAUAAAGGAAUAUACACUGGGUAUAGGAACAACUCCAGGCGGAAAUGAUGUGUAUGCCUUUGAAAAUGUAGGGGUGGUACAACAUAAAGCUUUACAUAGACUUCCUCUGCAGAAUGGAUAUAUUUAUUAUGCCACACUGAAAGCUGUUGAUUUUGCCGAAAGAGAGACAGAAAAAAUUUCUGAUCCACUUACAAUUGAUAUCACUCCACCAGACAGAACAGAUAAUCCAAUCACUUUGAUUAAUCGUCACAUUACAUCAACAACAGAAAUAAGUCCUUGUUGGAAAGGAGUGUUUAAAGAUUUACAAAGUGGUUUGGAUUAUUAUCUUUGGUCAGUUGGUUCACAACCAGGAUACACGGAUAUGAUGUCAUAUAUACAAACCACGGACGAAUGUGGAAUUACAGACAAAAAUAACCCUCUUUCACUAAUGGAUGGCCAUUCUUAUUAUAUCAAUGUUAGAGCUUUCAACAAAGCAGGACUAUCCUCGUUAGCAACAUCCUGGGCUUUUGAGCUGGACACAACGCCACCUACAUCUGGUCAUGUGUAUGAUGGUGUUAAGAGCGUGGUGACAGGAAGUGUGAAGGAUAUAGACUAUCAAACAGAGACCAAAGUUUUACAUGCUCACUGGGAAGGCUUUCAUGAAUCUCAUUCAACUAUCAAAGAUUAUUAUGUCUCGAUUGGAACUUGUCCACAAUGCGAGGACAUUUUAGGACUACAAGCCAUUGGAAUAGCACAUGAAUUUACUCUAGAAAAUACUCAUCUUGGUACAGGACUAAGAUAUUACACUACUGUAACUGCAUGUAACACGGCAGAAAUGUGUACGAGUGUGACAUCAGAUGGUGUGAUUAUUGACAACAGUCCGCCAACACCAGGCACUGUACAAGAUGGAACAGGAUAUUACGAUACAGAAUAUCAGUCAAUGAAGAACUUUGUAUCAGCUAAAUGGUAUGGAUUUGAUGAUGCCCAGUCUGGUCUGGACAAAUAUGAAUGGAGAGUAGGAACAAAGCCAGGAUAUAGUGAUAUUGUACCAACUAUAGAGCUUCAUUUGACGGAGACAGCAGCAUUAUUAAACUCAUCUGGUUAUAACCUUGACCUUCCUACAAACACAAGAAUGUAUAUUACAGUCAGGGCUUAUAAUAAAGCAGGGUUAUGGGCAGAGUCAUCAUCAAGUGGCUUUAGUGUAGAUGAUACACCACCUGUUCUGUCAAAAGGAACGACAUUCUCGAACGACUUUGGAAUCAAUGAAUUAACACAAAUAUAUAGGACAACAAUGAAGGUUGAAUGGGAAGUUGAAGAUGCAGAAUCGUUUAUAAAGAGACAAUACCUGUCAAUCAAAUCUCAUAUUGGAGGCGAAUUCAUGCUAUCUUCACAGUCAGUCAAUGGUAUUGCCAGAUCCUAUGUAAUUACUGGUUUAGAUCUACAUGAUGGAGUAACAUACUAUGUGACUUUGAUUAGCUGUAACAGUGCAGAUAUAUGUAUCUCAGAUACAUCACUGGGAAUGUUUGUAGAUAGCACUCCACCAUCCAGAGGAAUGUUUGCCGUCAGUACUGACCAUGCUUCAGAUCCAGAUCUUACCAGAAAUGAACAUGGGUGGAUGACCUAUGGAAGUAAUGCUGUGUAUCUUGCCUGGCUUGGUUUCAGUGAUAUACAUUCACAAAUAGAUCAUUAUAUGGUCACUGUGGGAACCUCUUACAUGGCCAAGAAUCUAAAUAAGGAUCUUAAAACAAAGUAUAUCCAUGUAGAUAGCAACACAGACCAUGGUGAUGAGGGAAAAGUUCAACUGUAUAAAAUAGAGACAGUUGUAUUGACUCAAUAUGAUGAAGUAUAUAUCACUCUGUGGGCUGUUAAUAAGGUUGGUUUAAGAAGUCACCUGAUUCAUUCUGCUUUUAAAAAGACUCCACCGAGCUACCUGGACUUGGUCAGAAGAUGUGAUGCAAUAUCAUGUGAAGGCCAUUGUGUUUGUUCUCCACAAGACCAGAAAUGUCCAUUUAAUCCAAAUCUUGGUAACUGUACUGAUGUAUCAGACAGUGUAUUUUCCGGUACACAGUACACGUUAUUGUUAGUAAAGGACACAAAUGGUUAUACCACUGGUGACCAAGCUGUAACAGCAUCAGACAGUGUGCUGAGAGCUUCAUGGAUUAUAUCUCAACAGUUCCCCUCUAAACCCUUAUGGUAUGAAUGGAGUGUGGGUUACACAGAUAAUACAACGCCGAUAGGUAUUUAUAACCCAGUCGAGGACAAGGUUUGGCAGGAUGCUGGUCAGCUAAUGGAUGCUGUCUUCACUAUUGGACCUGAUCAACAGUUGUUAGAAAACACAAUUGAAUAUUCUGUGUUUGUACGGAUAUGGUACACAUCUGACACUUAUGCUGUAUUUAAGACGGAUGGUAUUGUGGUGAUGACACAGACACCUGCAUUAGCAAUAGUCAGAGGAACUGCUGUGAUAGAAAAAGUUUUGAAUACCUAUGUAAAGGACGAUGACUAUAUGAGAAUAGGUCGACCUAUAACAUUUAUGUGGAAGAACAAAUUCCUGAAUGCUGCAGACACAAUUGAGGAAUACAAACUAUAUAUUAGUUCAUUUCCUGGUGGAUAUGACAUUCUGACCAUACCCACAGAUUUAGACGGAACAGCUGAAGGUUUCAACAUGUCUAGAAUUAACUUAUCGCCAGGAAUAAAAUACUAUUCUAAUGUCAUAGCUUAUAACUAUGCUGGUGUUCACACUACAUCUACGUCAGAUGGAUUCAUUAUAGAUCAUGUAGACCCAUCAGCUGGGAUUGUAUAUGAUGGAUUAGGAGUAAUUGAUUUAGAAUAUAAGAACUCUUCAGACAUAGUAGAAGCCCAUUGGCAUGGAUUUAUAGAUACAGAGUCUGGUAUUCUGUCAUACCGAUGGUGUGUGGGGGUGACAACAUCUGUUCAUACAAAUUAUGAUCAAUCAGAAUGCGACAUUUUACAGUGGACUAAUGUUGGACUUCAUGUUUCUGUAUCUCGUAAUCUAUCAACAGAUAUUUCCCAUGGUACAAAAAUAUACAACAAGGUGUAUGCUGUUGACAAUGUAGGAAGAACGUCAUCGAUUGUCAUAUCAGAUGGUGCCAUGGUGGAUAAAACACCUCCUGUUUCAGAAAAAUUCAUUCAUAUUGAUGAUAACCUUGUUGACAAUCCUUCAUUUGAAAACACAAGCAGUGAUCUAUUAUCUUGGUCGAAUGUUAGUACAACAGAUAUUUGCAUGAUCUCUAGUACUUACCACCCAAUGUCAUGGAUACCUGAUUUAUCAACAUGCAUGGCUGUUAUAUCCUCUCAAGUAAAUUUAGCUAAAGACGGACAGUCUUUUCUGUUCAUCAGAGGAAAUGUUAAGCAAAAACUUGUCGAUAUCAAGACUGGAUGUUUUUACAAGAUUUCCUUUUUCUCAAGUCAUUUACCCAUAACAGAUUCUGUAGGGGCAAACAAAGAAGGAUUCAUACAACUUGGUGAUGACAAACAAAUUUUUCUGAUAUAUACAAAACCAUAUCGCCAUGAUGGACAUGGAGAGGGCAAUAGUAGGACAGAAAUUUCCUGGCAUGCUCACACCUUUUAUUUCAAAGCUACAAAUGACCAGGUUAAUAUCACUAUAGGUAGUAUGGAUAUGACUACAGGGAUUUUUAUAGAUAAUCUUUCAGUGCAGAAGGUGAAUUUAACAACAGCAUCAUCAGGUGGUCAUGUGAUUGGUCAUGUGGUAUAUUUACAUGAAUGGAGUUCAAUACAUGGGUCAUGGAGUUUUACUGAUCUCGAAUCUCCAGUCAUAGAUUACAGCUGGGCGAUAGGUUAUGCAACUGGAGGAACACAAAUACAGCCAUUCAAAAGUGUAGGAUUGAUGCACUUUGGGUUUAACAACAAUGUGACACUGGUGCAUAACACAUAUAUUUAUAUCACAGCUAUAGCAACGAAUGGGGCAGACCUGAGAGGAAUUUCUUACUCUGAUCCAAUACUAGUAGACCUGACACCACCUGACAUCAAAUUUGUCAAUGAUGGAUUAGGCGGAGACGAAGAUGCUUGGGAAUAUAAUGAAGUAGUAGCAAACUGGGACUUCGAAGAUCCGGAAUCUGGUAUCCUGUUUUGUAAAUGGGCUGUAGGUUACCAGCCUGGUGGAAAUGAGUUAUUACCAUACACAGUGAUCGCAACUUUGUCUGCAUACAAAGAAUUUCCAUACAAUGUACUGAUAGGGAGAACAAUUUAUACCACUCUGACUUGUGAAAAUAAUGCUGGACUUAUCUCUACUCUGUCCGCCGAUGGAGUAAAAAUAUCUAACCAGCCUCCAUCUAUAGCUACAGCGGUAGUAGAAACCAUGCCUCUAUCCACGACAGAGUACACUCCACAAAUCAACAAUCAAGGCGUUACAGACAAUAUUAGACUUAAGUGGACAGGAUUUGCUGAUGAUAUAGGUGUUGAAAGAUUUAAGGUAUUUUACAGCAAGGAUGGCUUGUCAGAGUUGAUGUUCUUUGCUGAUGUACAAGAUGUGCUGUAUGCCCAUUUUACAGAGACGACAUUAACAGAAGGAUCAUAUGACUUCUCUGUUCAAGCAGUCAAUAAACUGUUUAAAGUCAGCAGCAAAGUGAAGGCGAAUUCUACAGUAGAUACAUCAGUACCCACAGUUGAUAAUUCAAAGAACCUUGCACUCAGUUGGAUUGAUAACACAGUGGUUGUAUCCUGGGACACCAUCUUUAGUGCUGAUGGUGAUCUGUUCUAUGAAGUGUCUUCUGGCUCUGCUCAAGCAGGUGUAAACAUAAUACAGUGGCAAGAAACUAGUAAUACUAGCAUUACAUUUGGUAUACCAGCCUCUGUGUCAGCUACCACAGGGUUAAAAGUCCAUGUAACAGUUAAAGCUGUGUCGAUUGGUGGGCAUUCAGCAGUAAAAGUUGGGCAAUUCAUUAUUCCAUGAACGUCACUUAAUUGUGGUUGCCUUUGCUUACUGAAAUAUGGAAUGUGCAAUGGUCAUAUUUUAAAAUUAACAAAUUAAUAAAUAAAAGUGCUUAUUUAUCCGUCCAUUUAUCUGUCUAUUGUUUGAAAUCUUUUGUGUGUAUGUGCAUACACCUAAGUAAUGUAACUUGUGUAGAUUUAUUUUGUGAACUUUGAAAUAAUUUAAAGGCAAGGACUAUCAUUCCUGUACAUCCCAUUUUAAAACUGAUAAAACUGAUAAAAUCUAAAAGAGUUGUAAAAUAACUCGAAUAUAAAUCAUCGCGAAUAUUUUAAAGGAAUAGGGGCAUUAAGGCCCGGUUUUGGCGCCAAAAAUAAAAUGUUAGACAUAUAUUUCCAAUUUGCUAAUUAGUUUCGGAAAUACAUAAAGUCAAGAAAUAUAAAUGAAAAACACAAGAUUUUUCAUCUGAUGAUGUCACAGUUACGUCAUAAUAUGUACCGUUUUCAUGAAAAAUACAGAAUUUAUACAGUUUUUCAUCAUUUUUGCCAUUGUGGAAACAUGGUGCGCAGCCAAGAAACAACAAAAUAAUUUAUGAGAAUGUAUUGUAACUAUCGACAUAAUCUCACCGAAUAUAACAAUGUGUCUUGUGUUCGCACAUACUUUGUCAAUCUAAAAUAUACUUAAAGUUUGAUGAAAAAAAACAAGGACAAUUAAGAAAGUUUACAAAUUAUACUAAUUUCGUCAUGGUGUUUUGCCUAACUCGUCAAAUGUGAAAUUUGUUUUUUUAUUUUCUGAAUACCUUGUACUUUGUAGUUAAGUUAGGACAAAAUUAAAAAUACUUAUGAUAACUUUUUAAUUUGCACUUAUAUUUGGGCCAAAUAAGGGCCUUAUUGGCCCUACUCAUUCGGGUUUUUCAUUAUAUACAUACAUCAAAGAAAUUGGAAUCGUGAUGUAGACUAGGAAGAGUAAGUUAUGAAAAUUAAGUAUCCUUGAAAAUAAAUUGGUUUACAAUAUUAGAUAUGAUUUUUAUUCAGGUGUAUUCAGGUACAAUAUUUAUGUACAGAGUUUUUAAGAUGUGAUAAGCAAAAAAAAAAAUGUCCGUCCAUUGUUAUCUUAUACAUGUAUCUCUCUCUCUCUCUCUCUCUCUCUCUCUCUCUCUCUAUAUAUAUUGUUUAUAUAGUUGUUGUCAUUUAUUCGUAUAUAUUGUGGUGGUUUUUUUUAUGAUAUUUACAUUUGUCAUUGACUACGUUAAGUUGAUAUUAUUCUCUGUUUCAAUGAGAUUCAAUUAUUUUUUUUGAAGACUCACCUCUUGAAUGUUGAUAGAAGAUUUGGUAAAAUUUUAUUAACUAUUUAGUUAUUGCACUUUAACUAAAACUUUUCCAAGGUAUUAGGCCUAAAUGUUGCACAUCAGACGCGCGUGUCUUUUACAAAAGACUCAUCAAUGAUGCGCGAAUCAAUAAAUUCAGAAGGUUAAAUUUAGUACGAAGUUGAAGAGCAUUGAGGACCAAACUUUCCCUAGGAUUUUAUAUGACAUCUAACUUAUCAGUCAGUGCAUUAUGUUUCUCAAUGGCAUAAUCUUUUUAGAAGAUAUCACCUGUUUAAAUUAAUAUUGAUAAAGAAAGAUACAGUGUUGAUGCACAUAAGAUAAUGUUGUUAAGAACUAUCAUAAAUAAUCAUUAUGUGUGUUCUAUUGCUGCUUUUUAUCUUGACAAGACCCUAGUUUUGAUUUCACUUCCACUGUUAGCAUGUACGUAAAAAUACUCAAUAAUAUCAGAGGGCAAUGGUUAAGUCUUCAUACAAAUUCUAUCAGUUGUUGCCCAGCAAAAGAUGGUAUGAUUAGGUGUACCAAAGUUAAUUAUUGAGUGCAAUGGGCAGUAAAACAGAUUGACUUCAUUAAUAAUUUGUACACCAAACUUUACCUAAGAAAUGAAGUAAGAUUUAUCAGUAUAUACACGAGGAAUUAUCUCAAAAAGACCAAAAACAUUGACUUUUUUAAACCUUUUCACACAAGAGCCAUCCAUGGAAAAUUUUGUAUGAUAUAUUUCUAUUAUCUAAGUUUUUAAGAUAUAUUUUCCAAUAUUUAACCAUUAUUCUGUCAUUUCUGUUAUGAUUUUGCAUAAACAUUGUAAAGUUUGUUAAUGAAAUGUUUCCUUUUUAGCUCAACAGGCUGAAAGAACUAUGUGAGAUAUUGUAAUCACUCGGUGUCCGUCGUCGUAAGAUUUUUAAAUUCGUCUCCUCUGAAACUACAAUACAAUGUCAACUAAACUAAUUAAGGUUUCAUAGAUGAUGUUUUAUACGUAUACAUGUACUGAACAAUGAUUUAUAUGUUUUAUCCAAUAAAACUUCUGCACAACAUUAGAUUUAAUAAGACAUGUCUACUUACUCUCCUAUCAUGAGUCCUAGUGCUUCUCAAUAAACACAUGAUGAUUUUUUUUUAGUAUUUGUUUGCAUAGAAAAUGUUCUGUCAUGCCAGAGAUGUAAUGUCAUAAAUGUCUGAUCUUUUUCAAUGAUAUUAGCAUUAUUCACUUGUUAUACAAUCAUGCACCUGUUUUAUAUGAUAUAUGAGUUACUGUAUAUUCAAAAUAAAUUUAUCUAACAGUUUA